AGCCACCGGGCCAGUCAGCAAAUCCGCAAGGCAGACAGAACACACAGCACAGACCAAGAGUGAAGUUUAACAGAGCCACUGGACAACCAAACCACGUCUCCAAGUAUCAGCAUUUGUUUCCCAUGCAAUCUCCCUUGUCUCUGUGAGGAUUCCGGGGUGCGAGGGCAAUCAUGCUGGAUAGAAAGGGCCAGUGGGCCGAGGCGUUAGCCAGCAACAACAUAAGAGCCAUCAUCCACUGGCUACGGAAGCUUACAGCUGAUGGUGAAGUUGAUGUGGAGGAAAUCCUACCGACUUUCAGCUGCUGGGUACAGAGGACAUCAGAGUUUGCUAAAAAGGAGUUAUUAACCCUAUGUUUCAGCCGCUGCCAGGGCCUGUGGAUGUUUCUGGACCGGAGCUCUUUCACCAGAGUGCACAUGCUGCUCCAGAGACUGAGGAACCUGCUCACCCUGGCCCAGUGGGCAAGAAAGCAGCUCAGUUCAGCCCACCUCUGGCACGGUGUGGGGGUCCCAUGUGUGGUGUGCAGGGAUACAUUCGGCUCCUCAGAUGUUAAACGUAGCUGCUGGAACCGAGAGCACAGGGCUCUAAAGCAACACAUCUGGCUGGGACGGCUGGUUCAGUGGUGGGGCAUCAUGGGGCUUCUGCCCAAGUACCCUGAGGCUCACGAGGUGAAGCGCAUUGCUCAGAUGUGGAAGGAAAUGGAUCAUAGUCAUCGGAAAGCUUGUCUCGAGACACCUGGAUGGGAGGAGGGAGAAAGAUUUAGGUCUUUGAUACAGGGUAUGGUGUCUCAGUUGGACAGGCAGCAUGGGUGCAUUUGGACUUCUGAAGACUGCACAGACCAGUGUUAUCCUCCUCCUAAUCUGCAGGCCCUGCUGAAGCUCGUGCUGGUGCCUCAUAUCGACAACAUGUCAGUCCAAGCACUUCUCAUGUACUUUGCCCUGGAUAUGGCGAACUUCCUGCAGUGCAAAGACGACCUCCUCCAAUCUUUCUGCCAUGCCUUCACUAUUCCCUCCAGCUUUUCCCAACAAAUCAGGGCCUUCUGGAUGCUUGAUCAUGGGCACGUCAAGGCCUCCAUGGAGCUAUUACUGAGCCCUAGGGCUGCUGUUCCCUGGCUCUCCUGGCAACAUCGUUGCAUCAUCCACUGUCUGCUAACGAGGAAGCAGCCUCAGUUGGCAUUAAGGUACCUCCACUGGACCAGACCCGCAAUAGAGAGCGUUGAGGAUGCUAAGCUCUGUGCAGAUGUACUACUUCAAAACAGUUGUGUCUCUGAUGCCUGGGCUCUGCUGAAGAGAGGCCACACAGAAAGCGACGAUAUGGUCAUGUACUUCCUCCAGGCUUGCAGUGGAUUUGGUCUGUGUGCAGAGGCUUUAAAGUACAUCCCUGCAGGAUACAAUGGUGAAGGAGACCAUGUAAUUGGGAUUGAGGCUACAGGGUCACAGUUGCCGCUGAUGAAGAAAGCAGGAAGGCCACCGUGCCCGCUGUCAGCCAAACUGUAUCAAGCUCAGAAAGUCAACAGAGUGUCCUCAGACAAACUGGUCCAACUAGUCAGGAAGGCUGUGAUGGAAGUGAGAAAGCCACAUCCCAAGAUAAGUGAGGUGGUGUGGCCAGAGCACACAGAGAGAAAAUCGAACAGCAGAGAGAUGUUUCUGUCAACCCAGGCUCUGCGUCAUCUCACGCCCAGCCCCUCCCCAAUGGACAUGGUAGAAGAAUCAGAGGAAACAGCACAUAUAGAUGAAACAGAAGAGGAUAAGCCUAUCCAUUACCAACCUGAGCCACCAGAGCACAUUUCUUCUUCUGAGGAUCUGAACUCUGAGUCUGUCUUCUCCUUCACCUCGGCCUCCUCCUUGCCUCUGUUGAGACGGGACCGUCCUUAUGUGUAUGAAAGUACCAUGACUCUGCAGAGGAUCUCUUCUCUCCUUACUGAUGGAGAGAACCAAAGCAGGGAAGAGGAAGACGAAGAAGACAGCAGAACCCCUUCAUCAAAUGACGGUUUUCCAGAUUGCCCUGAGCUGACAGUGACAUUAGAUGGCGCCACAGCCCCAAUUUCCCUCAGCAACUUGAACAAAGACGCUUUGGUGCUUUCUCCAGAGGAGGGAGAAGAUGUUAAGAAAGAUGUUUUCUCAAGCGAGGACUUUCUCACUGUUGAUGCAGUUGAGAGAAUGAAUCUUCCCCCUUCGCUCAACAGCAUUGUGGACAGCCAUUUAGUGCCCAAUCUUUGUGAGCCCCAGGUGGAGAGUCACAGUUUCCUCUCGCCUGACGAUGAGAAAAUGGCCUGCAGUAAAGGAGUGUCUGCAGAAAUCGUUCAUGGUUCCCAAGAUGUCACUGAUAUGUGGAGCUCUGCAGUGUCACUCAACCAAGACGACCAAUCAGAUUGCAUCCCUUAUGAUAUUCCCAGUUUUAGCGAGGCAGCCACAUUUGACUGUUUCCUGGAAGAAGAACUUCAUCAGAAAACAUAUGAGCAUCACCAGGAAGAGGAAGAAGUGGAAUGCUUCAGUCAAGGCUUCUCCUGUGCUACGACUGAAACCACUCGGACUGACCUUCACCAGAGCUUUCUGUCAGAGGAUCCUGUAGCCAGUGGCUCAAGCGCCUCAGCAAGGAAGUGUCUGCCCGACAUCUCCCUUCUCUCCCCUGUGUGCAGCUCUAUUGGCCCCACACAGCUUCAGAUCUCUGGUAGCUUUCUGACCCCCAGCCCAACCUGCAACAUCAAAACCACCUCUUCUCCUUCUGACACCACCAGUGUGAGCUCCUUCAAAGCCCAAUUAAAGACAGGUGAACCCUGUGUCCAGAGCACCUCAGCCUGGCUCGAUCAUAGCAAAAUGGGCAGCUGGUGGAAACAGGACCUGGAAACCCGUAGAGCUUCCAGUGGCCUUCUACCUGCUACAGAGCUGGGAGCAGCUAUCACAUCAGAUAAUAAGAGGCCUUCUCUUGUACUGAGCCAACCAUAUUCCUACAGUCUGGUCAAUUUUAUGGAUUUCACUGCAAAGCAAAAAGGAGACAACAAAGAUGGCAAACAGGCAAACAAAGAGGAGCCGGCAGGUUGGAGCAGUUUGGGGAAGGGUUCACAAGGUGCCAUAAGAAGUGGGAGAAUACGAUCAAGGAAAGGAAAACGAGUGAAGAGAGCAUGAAUGAGAAAUAUAUUUAUUAAAGUCUUUUAACAUGA